AUGGUUCCCACCGUGUUCGGCUCCUGCCAUUUCUCGUGUCGGUUCACCAUUGCCGACGUCUUCCAGCCAUUGCUCAGCGCCGAUUUCCUCCGGGCGCAUUCCCUCAUGAUGGACGUCAUACUGUCGAACCCCUCGGCACUACGCUACCUUGGCCGCUAUGAUGGAGCCAAUCACGUUGCGUUUGUAUCAACCGGUGGAACGGUCCCUGGCGUCUGUGGCCUCCCGCUUCGCACGGAUCUUGGCCGCAUUCCCGGCCAUUCUGACCUCGCAGUUUCGAUCAUCGACCCCCAGCCACGGAGUGCUCACACCUGCAUUCCGUGCCAGGCGGCAAAAAUCCAGCGCCAUGUCCGUGCGCCUCUCCAGGAGUUUGGUCUACCCCGGCGAUUCGACCAUCUCCACGUAUACAUUGUAGGGCCACUCCCGCCAUCCCGGGGCAUCACCCACCUUCUUACAAUGAUAGACCGCUUCAUGCAGUGGCCGGAGGCCAUUCCGCUGGCCGAUACUUCAAUGGUUACGUGUGCUCAUGCAUUGUCCGCACACUGGAUUGCUCGCUUCGGGGUGCCGGCGCACAUCUCUUCAGACCGGGGGCCACAGUUCACCUCCGAGCUGUGGUCAGCCAUGGCUCGCUUGCUGGGGGUGCGGCUAAACCACACCACGGCUUACCACCCGCAGGCUAACGGUCUGGUGGAGAGGUUCCACCGGCAGCUGAAGGAAGCACUGAAGGCGCGACUCUCCGGCCCGGACUGGAUGGAAGAGUUGCCGUGGGUCAUGCUGGGCAUCCGGACUGCUCCCAAAGAGGACUUGGCCUCAUCAUCGGCGGAGCUGGUGUACGGGUCGACACUCACAGUGCCCGGGGAGUUCGUGCCGUCGGCGUCGGGGCAGCAGGGAACGCCCUCCUCCACCCUUCAACACCUUCGCGAGCGAGUUGGCAGGCUCGCACCCGUCCCAACGUCCCGCCAUGGGACAUUUCGCCCACACGUGCCAUCAGCCCUCAGGGACUGCCCAUACGUCUUCCUGCGCCGUGAUGCCCACCGGACGCCACUCCAGAGGCCGUACGAGGGCCCGUUCCGGGUGCUAGAACACGGGCAGUCGACUUUUGUCCUGGACAUGGGGGGCCGGCCGUAGGCCGUGUCGAUUGACCGUUUGAAGCCGGCGCACCUGGACAUUGACCAGCCGGUGCUGGUUGCCCAACCUCGGCCUCGAGGGCGCCCCCCUUCACGGCUCCCUCCGCCUGUCCCUCCACCUGUCCUCCCGCCGGUCCCUCGACCUGUCCCUCCACCUAUGCCUCCGCCUGCCCCACGAGCGGCUGACUUCCGCUCGCGGGCCGGCCGGGUCGUGCGCCCGCCGGUGCGUUUCGUGCCUCUGGUUCUGGGGGGGGGUCUUGUGGCGGCUCCCAAGGGUCGUGUCAUCAUACUGUCGAACCCCUCGGCAUGGGAGUGGUUCAGUCCGGAGGCGGCCCUUAGCCAGAGGGUUUAAAGGCAGGGGUUUGGGUGCCAUCUUUCUCUUGUUUGGUCUUCCCUACAACCGGGAGGAACAUAAUAAAAGGU